AUGCUGUCUUUGACCAGAAACACCGUUGGAAAUGUAUACGCCGUCAUGAGGCAUUAUUGCGGCAGAGACCUCGAAGAUCAACCAGUUACUCCGUUUGGAGGACGCGUUUUCGUUGUUAAGAGCGACGAAAGCCAGUUCAGACACAAGUCCAAGUAUCAAAGAGGGCGUCGUGCAGGUAACGGACCUUGUUGGGUAUUUGGCGUUAUAUCCACCGAGCACAUACCCUGCAGGGGAUAUUUUCAAGUAGUGCAACGAAGAGAUCGGGCAACUCUGUGCCAAAUCCUACAGAGAGUACUCCUUCCUGGCUCCGAGGUCCACACUGACGAUUGGGCCGCCUACAGAAACUUGCAUCGCCACGUUCCCAACGUGACGGUGCAUAGAAGCGUGGUCCACCAAGACAACUUCGUUGAUCCCCUGACUGGAGUCCACACUCAGGAGGCAGAGUCAGCUUGGGCACGGCUAAAAUACCACAUAAAGAGAGAAAAGGGAGUUAGAAGAGAGGACAUCCCCGCUUUCCUCCAUGAGCAGAUGUGGCGAGAUUGGAGAGGAGGAGCAGACGUGUUCCGCAGUCUUAGAGUUUUAAUAGCUAAAUAUCAUCCACUGUAA